AUUUAUCAAACAUGUACUUAAAAUCAUAGAUAGUUCCAGUUUUUAAUCUAGCCGAGUCCUUAGGAGAAACUUUACACUCCAAACUCUGUAGCCUGUACAGAAGCUCGAAUGGAGCUUGCCCAUUUUUCUAUCGCCACAAACUACGUCGUUCCACCCACACCACCACCGGGACCUGCAGCCGGAAGCUUCUCUCCUCUUCCAGUUUUUCCGGUCAUUUCAAGAACUUCCGGCCCUUUGUUGGCUUCGAAAUCCACAGGCUUUCUUUUAAGAGCUGAGAAAGUUAGAUCACGAAAUUCCUUUCGUGCUGCUAGUUCAAGCAAUACAGCAGCUGCAACAAAUGAAUCGGCUCGAGAACAUAUGUCGUUACCUGCACAACCCGACACAAAAACUAAUGACGAAUCGAGUGAGGAUGAUGCCGAUGAGCUGUUAGAUGAUCAUAGAAUGGUACGAAUUUGUGAUAAACUAAUCGAGGUUUUCUUGUUCGACAAACCCACACCAAGUGAUUGGAGAAGAUUAUUGACUUAUAGCAAGGAAUGGGACAAUAUUAGGCCCCACUUCUAUAAGAGAUGUCAGGAGAAAGCAGAUAGUGAGAGCGAUCCUGGAAUGAAGCAUAAUUUGUUUCGGCUUUCAAGGAAGCUGAAAGAGAUUGACAAAGACAUACAAAGGAACAACGAGCUCCUUGAUGUAAUCAGAAAGUCUCCAUCCGAGAUGGGUGAAAUUGUAGCCAGGCGUCGAAAGGACUUCACCAAAGAAUUUUUCAUUCAUCUUCAUACUCUGGCAGAAUCAUAUUAUGAUAAUCCAACAGAACAAAAUGGUCAGGUUUCAAAGCUUGGGAAUACGUGCUUAGCUGCUGUAGAGGCAUACGAUAAUGCAACUGAAAGUACAGAAGCGUUAGAAGCUGCAGAAUUGAAAUUCCAAGACAUAAUUAGUUCUUCUUCGGUUGAAGCUGCUUGCCGGAAGAUCGACAGUUUGGCCGAAAAAAAUCAGCUCGAUUCGGCUCUGCUUCUCAUGAUUACAAAAGCUUGGGCCUCUUCUAAGGAGACAAACUUGACGAAAGAUGAGGCGAGAGAUGUGGGGUAUUAUCUAUAUAAAACAUCAAUGGAUCAUCUCCAGAAGCUCGUUCCGAAAGAAAUCAGGAUAGUCAAGUAUUUGCUCAAGAUUGAAGACCCUGAAGAGCGGAUGAGUGCUUUAAAUGACGCUUUUGCCCCUGGAGAAGAACGAGAAGAGGAAGGAACGGAUGUAGAAGGCCUCCACACGACCCCUGAGAAGCUGCACGCCAAGAUUAGGAGUGUGGUUGAUGCGUAUUAUUUCAGCCAAGAGGGCACUCUGGAGAAGGAAGCUCGGGAUUUAGUGAGGCCUGAAAUCAUCCAAAAAAUGGAGGAAUUGAAAAAGAUAAUCCAGGAUAACUUCAUGUGAGCUCCAUAUCCUCAUCGAGUUUUUUCUGGACAAGUUUCAUGAGUUUAUGAACCAAAAUGUGGACUGCAUAAGCUUAUUUGCUGGUUUAGAGUGUUGAGUUAGGGAAUGCAAGGGCACAUUGAAACUUGUAAAAUAGCAUUUUGUGGUGAAAUGUUUGUGAAAAAUCUGGACAGUGUGCCCUAUUUGGGGCUGCAGAAACACAGACCACAGAGAUAUUACCAUAAGCUAUNAUUGAUUUUCUU